AUUCCAGGAUUCCUAUCAUGGGACGUCGAGUCGUCACAUGUCGACCUCGAAAAGGAACUACAAGCCCUGACGAGCCAAGCUCCGGAAGGAGAAGAGGCCCGCAACGGAGAGAGACUGAUCCAGUACGCGACGGAGAACCUGGUAACUGAAGUACUGAUCCACCCACAAGUGAACACUCUGCUGCAGUGCGUUCGCAACCUACUAUCGAGCUUCACCAGGCACCGACACCUUAUACAUGCCGGCUACACCUUCGCCGGAACAGGAUCCUGGGUCCUGCAGGAUGGCACUUUUUCGCUGGCGGACUUGACGGACGCCUUCCAAGAGACCGAAGUGCAGCGAGUUCUGCGCGCCUACGAACACAGCAUCACGAUCGACGUACACUGCGCUCCAGAAGGAGACUGGACUUCCGAACGAAUGUCGCGAGAGCCCUUCAGCCGAUACUGCAAGGUGCGAAUCAAUCCUGACGACCGAAUGACGGCCGGCGGCGCCGCCAUCGGCAACUUCAUCAACUACCUGUCGGCGUUCGUGCGCGCCGCGCCGCUAGAGGCGCUACUGGAGCCCAGCGACGUGGUGGGCAAUAUCCGGUUCAGCCACCCCACACUCUACGUGUUCCCCGGCGGACAGGGGGACGCGGCACUCUUCGGCAUCAACGGUUUCAACAUGUUGGUGGACGGCGGGUUCGCGCGCAAGGCGUGCUUCUGGGACUUCGUGCGCCACCUGGACCGCUUGGACGCAGUACUGGUCACGCGACUCAACAACGGCAACGUAAACGGCAUGUCGGCCGUGCUGCGGCGUAAGCAGGGCGGCCACGUGUACCCACAGAUCGGCCACUUCUUCUGCAACCUGCAGGAGCGGAAACACGCAACGUCUCCGGACGGCGACAAGGACCGCGACCCGCUGUUGAUCGACCUGACGGUGGAGGCGCACGAGAUGGUGGUCAACCUGCACCACCUGGCGCUCAAGCCGCACGCCUGCUACAGCUCUUCCGACCCCAUCAACCUGUACCACAAGGUGGGCCACGGCAAGCUCGACAUGUACGUGCUGAGCCCGGCGCGCGACAGCCGAGACCUCAAAGAGUUCCUCGCGCGGUGGAACGCCACCGACACGUCCAAGAUCUUCUCCAGCGGAGGCAGGAAAAGCUCUGGCAGUGAGUUCGCAUUCCCACUGCAAAAUCUAGUUUCUAUAUGCGCGCUGCUCGUGUGGCAGCCGGCGAACCCGAACGAUACGAUUACACGUAUUCUGUUCCCUGGAUCUGCACCGCAGCACAAGAUCUUCGAGGGCAUAGAGAAGCUCCGACACCUUCAGUUCCUUCGUUACCCGGUCUGCUCUGCAAAGUCUCUCUCACCGUCCACAUCAGCAGUUACUAUCAGCAGCCGCAAGCAGCAGUUACGGUCAGCUGCUCCUGCGGUCAUUGAUAAGCUGCUGCCAGGAGAAGUUGCCAAGCAGCAGGCCUCACCACCAUCAAAGCCCGUGGAUAAGGCCGCUCCCAAAAGUGCGACAAUCCCCGUCACGGGUGUGGAGAAACCCGUGCAGCCUAGCAAGACUGUUCCCCCAAGCGCCGUUCCACCCCCAGCUGCCCCCACAGCUGCACCUCCUCAGGUUCCAGCAGUGAAGCCUGUUCCGCCGCCGUCAAGGGCCAAGCCCGAACGCUUACCCGCAAAAACCGAACCACCCAAAACUAAGACUGAUAUAGUUAAGACUGCUGACACAGAAAAAGUUAGUGCAAAAGUAGAUAAGACAUCCAAGACAGAAGUAGUGAGAAUGAAGGGGGAACACAAAUCAAAGACAGAAAUGAAAACGUCCACAGUGAAAACACGAACUGAAACCAAAUCCACCCGUUCCAUAGAAAGGAAAGCACAGAGGACAACAAUUACAACCUCUAGUGUAACAGAGAAAAAGACUGACAUAAAAUCUUCUCCUACUACACCUAAAAAAUCUGUUGAACAUAAAGUUAACGGAGUUGCACCAAAGCCAGAGCCAAUGAAACAUGCUCGACCAUCGAGUAGAACUAGACCGUCCCCAACCUCCACUCCAGCGAAAAGUGCGAAAGAAGCCAAUAAUCGGAAGGUCGUAGAAUCAAAAUAUCACAUUUCAAAAGCCUCUAAAUUGACUACAUCAAAGGCUCCUAAGAAGGAAGUGCAAGAAUCAGCAGCAAAAGCUGAGAGGAAGCCUGUGAGCAGGCGACCAAAGGCAACUCCCAGCUCACCUGCUAAGAUGGCAGCAAAAUCACCAGGUUCACCAGCCAAGUCUUCUUCUGCCAAAAGCACACCAACUCCAUCUGUCAAAUCAGAAAAAGAAGCUGUAAUCAGAAAAAGAAAGGUUGAAACUGGAAAAAUUACUGCUGACUCAUCUGCAGUAUCAACCCCAUCAACUACUGAAGUAGAAACUGUUGUGAAAACAAAGGAAAUAGGAAAAGUCCAGGAAACUCCCCUUGUAAAUGGCCACAUAUCAGAAAUGAUCAUAACAAAGGAAGAUAUCUCCAAGGAGCUUUUAGACAAACCCCUUGAAGAGACUUACAUUGAGAGAAAGACUGAAAAAAUUGACAGUGAAACUAUAAGAAAGUCACCAACUGAUGACCAACAAGAAGUUACAGAAAGAGAAGACAAAACUUCAGUUAGAGAGAAAGAAAUUAAAGACAUUCCUACUAUAGAAGGAAAAGAAAAACAAAUGGAUGAAGAAACUGUAGAAAAAGAAGUAGAAGUUGAAGAAAAAGAGAUGGUAGUUGAAGAUAAAGAGUCUGAGAUAGAAGAGAAGGAAACCGAAGUUGAAGAGAAGGAAUCUGAAAUUGAAGAAAAAGAAUCUGAAGUUGAAGAAGGAGAUGAUUCCAGGCAACUUAUGCAUGAAAAGGAAGAUAUAGAGGCUACAGAAGAGGAACAAACUGAAGAAAUUGAGGAUGAGGAAGGACCUGUUGACAUAAAGGAAUCAUUGCAUGCUGAACUUGAAACAGAAGUAAAGAAACUGAUGAGAGAAAAGAUAGAAAGAGGAGAAGAAGAAGAAGAAGAAGAAGGGGGAGGAACAGAAGAAGAAGAAGAAGAACAAGAACAAGAAGAGGAGCAAGAAGGGGAGGAAGAUGAAGAGGAUGAAUACUUAAUCGUUGAAAAAGAAGAUGUGGAAUCCUACCAAGAACAAGAAAGUAUUGAAUCACAUUUACCAGAUGAUUUUGACAACAAAGAUAUUGAUGUUGAGGAAGAAGAUGAAGGGGAGCUUCAGAAGCACUUAUUAGAUGAAGUUGAAACAGAAAAGACAAAGAAAGAUAUAGAAAAAGAAGAGAUGGAUACAAAAAUGCACAGAGAAGUAGAAUCUCAAAAGGAACACUUAAUAAAGGAAAAAGAGGUAGAUAUAAUUCUUAAAAGUAAAGCCAAAAAAGAAAUAACUGAAACUGAAAAAAUGAAGGAGGAACAUGUUGAGGAAAUAAAAGAGCAAGAAGCAGAAGGUGUUACUGAAGAAACUGCUAAGCCAUUGAAGGAAGAAAUUACAAAAGAUCACAUUGAGGAGAAAGUGGAGGAAAUUAUUUCAUCGGCAAAAGAAAUAGUAACUAAAGGAAAAUUUGAAGAUGAAAGAAAGCCUGGAGUGUCUCAAGAAUCGGAUAAAGAUAUACAGAAAGAGGAACUGUCUGAGAGCAAGAAAGAACCUGAAACAAGUGAAGAUCUCAAAGAAAUUUCAUCAAUUAGUCCUGAAGAGAAAAUAGAUCUUUCUUCAGAGAAAGUCCGAGAAACUACAGACACUGACCAUAAGCUUGAUGAUGGAGGUCAUGAAAUGAAAGAGAUUCCCUCAAAAGAAAUUCUAGAGCAGAAAUUUAUUGCAGAGGAAAGCCAGCCAGAUGAAAAGGUGUCUACAACUAUAGAAUCUGCUGCAACAACAGCACCAACACUUCCUGAAGAUGAACGCAUACCUCUAGAUGAAAUAAAGGAAAUCGUUGAAGAAAAAUAUGUGAAAGAAGAGACAAAGGAGAAAGAAAAACCAGUGGCAGAAGCAGUAACACGUCUAGAGCAGCCAACUACUCUGCCACAAGUUGUAAUGCCAAUUUUUGAAACUCACAUUGCUCAUGGGAUUAUUCAUCAAAGAGACAUCGUUAAAACACCUGAUGAAGUUGCUGACUUGCCAGUCCAUGAGGAAGUUGACCCUGGUAUGUAUGAUGCUGAUGAUUUUGUAAGAGACUUUCAUAAAACAAAAUAUGAAGUGCAACUUUCGAAAAAACAACAAGAUACUGAAGAGAUCAAGGACUACAUACCUGAGGUAGGUGCUGCAGAAGAAAGACUGAAAAUAGAUACAGGAAAGGCUGACACGUUGAAAGAAUCUUUAAAACAGUUUGAAGAUGAGAAAGAAGUUGAAGAAGUCAAAAUAGCACCUGAGGAAAGAUUUGUUGAUGAAAUUGAAGACAUUAUACAUGUAAAAAGAGAAAUAUCUGAUGCAGCAAAACCAUCAGUGAAACCAGUCUCUGUGGCACAACGUGAAGAACCUGUGCCAAAGGAAGACAUGGCAAAGCCUACUGAUGAGUCAAAACCUGUUACGGUAAUAUCAGAAGAAAAACUUCUGGAAGCUACCUUUCAGACAUAUGCAGAUCUAAAAGCUACAAAAGAGAAAGUAGACGAAUUAAAAGAAAAAUUCUCUGAAGAAGCAAAGAAAGCUGUAGAGAAAGAAAUAGAUUAUGCUGAAAUUUUAGAAAAAGACAUUGCUCAUGACAGAGUUGCCUUACAGGAAAUGAGAGAAGAAAAGAAAACAGAAGGAGAAGAAAUUGCUGCAGAAUACAUAUCUUCUGAAAAGAAAUACAUAGAAGAACAACUGGAAACUAUUUCAGAUCAACUAAAACAAAAGGAGAAAGUUAUUAGUGAAGAAAUUUCAACACUGCAACAAACAUAUGUAAAGGAGACACCUGAAGAUAAAGGAAAGGAUGAAAUGAAACCACUUCCAAUGGAUGUUGCGCAGGAAAAGAUGCGAGAAGAGAAACAGAAAUUUAUUACAGAAGAUGUCACUGAAAGAAUUGAAAAACUGGAAGGGGAUAAAGUUAUCCAAGACAAAAAGAUUGAAAAGGACGUAAAGAAAGAUGUUACAGCAGAAAUUAAGGAGGUGGAAGACAAAGAAAAGCCUGUUCCAAAGGAAAUGACUCAAGAGGUAAUUAUGCAGGAUGAGAAAAUUAUUUUAGAUGAGUUAGUCAGGGCAAAGAAGGUAGCAGAGAAAGAUGAACUCAUCACAGAAGGUGAAGAAAUUAAAAAACUGAAAGAAGAGGAAGUUGUUCCAAAAGAAGUUAUUGAGGAGAUAAUAAAAGACAAGGAAGUAUCAAAAGUAAUGGGUGAGGAGGAGAUGAAAGAAGAAAGAGUUGUUAAAGAAGACAUUGUUGAAGAAAUCAAACAAUUAGAAGGUAAAGAGAAGUCUACUCCAAAGGAAGUUCUUGAAAAGAAAAUUAAAGAAGAAGAUGAAACCAUCUCAAAGGAGAUGAUUGAGGUAGAGGAAAAGGAAGAGAAAGUUGAUACAGAAGAUAUCAUGGAUAAAAUUCCAAAGCUGGAAGAGAAAGACAAAGAUGUUCUGAAGGAAGUUGAUGACAAAGAGAAAUCUACUCAAAAGGAUGUAGCUAAAGAUGAAACAAAAGGAGGAGAGGAAAUGGGUUUGAAGGAGUUGGUAGACGUAACGAAAAAAAGAGAGAUUGUUACAGAAGAUAUCAUAGCAGCUAUUCCAAAACUGGAAGACAAACAGAAAGUUUCAUUGGUGGAACUUGAUGAAAGUAAGACAAAGGACAAGAAAGAAGAAGAAAAGGAAAAAAUAAUUGCAGAAGAGAUAAAGAAAGAAAUUGUAGAUCUAAAAGAACAGGAGCAGCUUUUGUCCAAAGAUGUAGCUAAAGAAAAGCCGGAGGACAAACAGAAAGAAGAGAUUGAUAAAUCUUUAAGAGAACUAGAAGAUACAGAGAAACUUUCACCAAAAGAAGUGAAAGAAAUCCAAAUUUCAAAGGAGAAGAUUCCAGAAAAGGAGACAGAAGAGCAAUUGAUAGUUGCUAAAUAUACCACUGAAGAAACAGAUAAACUCAAAGAAAAAGAGAAAAUUCAGGCAAGGGAAAUGGUGGAAGAUAAAGCAAAAGAAGGUAGGAAAAUAGAGUCAGAGGAAAUUAUUCAUGAAAAGAAGAAAGACGAGAGAGAAGUAAUUACUAAAGAUAUCGCUGAAAAACAAGAAGAGAAAGAGAAACUUUCCCCAAGGGAGGUAGCUGAAGAGAUUACUGUCAAAGAGGAAGUAAGUGUUUCAGCAGAGGCUAUUCAGAGAGAGGAAACUAUCAAAGCUGACCUCACCACAGAAAUUAAGAAACCACAGGAAAUGGAGAAAAUUGUAUCAAAGGAAUUAGUUGAAGAGAAGGAAAAAGAGUCUGAAGAAAAGAUAAAAGCUAUUACAGAGGAUGUGGCAUUGAUAAUGUUAAAAGCAGAAGAAAAGGAGAAGCCUGCUCCAAAGGAAAAGGCUGAAGAGAAGAUGAAAGAAGAGAAACUAGUUUCUAAGGAGGCAGCAGAGGAAGAUAAGGGAGAAGACAAAGAGACAGUUAUUACUGAAGAUAUACCUGUAGAAAUAAAGCAACUAGAAGAAAAAGAGAAACCUGCUCCAACAGAAAUUUCUGAACUCAAGACAAAAGAAGAGACAGUAGUACUAAAGGAGCAGGUUGUGGAGAAGAAGGCUGAUGACAGAGUUAUUACAGAGGAUAUAACUAAGUUGGAAGUAAAAGAAAAAACUCCCUCUGAUGACAGGGUUGAAAUAAAGGCAGAAGAAGAGAUAAUAACUGUAAAGAAAGUGGAUGAGGAAAAGAAGGAAGAAGAAAAAGCAAAAGUUGAAGUUGCUGGAAAAAGAAUUGUUGAAGAGGGACCAAAGGAAGAGAAAGAUAUUUCACAGAAGAUGGCUGAAGAAAAGAUAGAAGAGACGGAGAAAGUUGUUCCAGAAGAAAUCACCAAAGAAAUAAAACAGCUCGAUGCGAUUGAGAAACUAGCAUCGAAAGAAACAAGCAAAAUAAAAUCUGAGGAUGAAGUGAAAAGAAUUUCAAAGGAAAUUGAUCAAAAAAUGAUUAUAGAAGACAAAAAGAAAAUUGUUCCUGAAAUCACUGAGCAUGUUAAAAAACAGGAAGAAAAAGACACAGGUUUACCAAAGGAAGAAAUAGAAGAGAUGAUUCAGGAGGAAUGGGAAAUAGUUUCAAAGGAGAUGAUAGAGGAAGAGAAGAAAGAUACAAGUGAAGCUGUAACAGCAGCAACUGUUGUAGACAUCAAGGAAGCAGAAGAAAAAGAAAUAACUAUCCCUAAGGAAAUGGAUAUAGAAAAGAUAAAAGAACCAGAGAAAAUGAUUACAAAGGAUGCAAUAGUGAAAAUGGAAGAACAUAAGGUUAUUACAGAAGAUAUCACGGAAGAACUGAAAAAGACAGAAGAAAAAGAGGAAACUGUUCCACAUGCAUUACCAGAAGAAAAGGAAAAAGAAGCUGAGAAACCACUUUUGAAGGAAACAAUAGUGAGAAAGGAAGAAGAGAAGGUUAUUACAGAACAUAUCACUGAAGCAGAGAUAAAACCAGAAGAAAAAGAAGAAACUGUGCCGCAUGAAAUAUGUGAAGAAAAGCCAAAGGUAGCUGACACAGUAGUGAAAAAGGAAGAAGAGAAAGUUAUUACAGAAGAUAUCAUUGAAGAAGUGAAAAAACCAGAAGAAAAGGAUAAAACUGUUCCACAUGAAAUACCUGAAGACAAGAUAAAGGAAGCCGAGAAACUAGUUCCAAAAGAAACAAUAGUGAAAAAGGAAGAAGAGAAAGUUGUUACAGCAGAUAUCACUGAAGAAGAGAAAAAACCAGAAGAAAAAGAUAAAACUGUUCCACAUGAAGUACCUGAAGACAAGAUAAAGGAAGCUGAGAAACUAGUUCCCAAAGAAACAAUAGAAAAAAAGGAAGAAGAGAAGAUUAUUACAGAAGAUAUCACUGAAGAAGUGAAAAGACCAGAAGAAAAAGAGAAAAUGGUUCCAUCUAAAAUACCCGAAGAAAAGAAAAAGGAAACUGCAAAACCAGUUAUAAAGGACACAGUAGUGAAAAAGGAAGAAGAGAAGAUUAUUACAGAAGACAUCACUGAAGAAGUGAAGAAACCAGAAGAGAAAGAGGAAAUUAUUCCACAAGAAAUACCCGAAGUAAAGAUAAAGGAAGCUGAGAAACCAGUUUCAAAGGACACAGUAGAGAAGAAGGAAGAAGAGAAGGUUAUUUCAGAAGAUAUCACUGAAGAAGUGAAAAAACCAGAAGAAAAAGAGAAAACAGUUUCACAAGAAAUACUUGAAGAAAAGGCAGAGGAAGCCGAGAAACCAGUUUCAAAGGACACAGUAGUGAAAGAGGAAGAAGAGAAAGUUGUUACAGAGGAUAUUACUGAAGAAGUGAAAAAACAACAAGAAAAAGAGGAAACAGUUUCACAAGAAAUACUUGAAGAAAAGGCAAAGGAAGCUGAGAAACCAGUUUCAAAGGACACAGUAGUGAAAGAGGCAGAAGAGAAAGUUGUUAUAGCAGAUAUCACUGAAGAAGUGAAGAAACCAGAAGAAAAAGAGGAAACUAUUCCACUUGAAAUACCUGAAGAAAAGGCAAAGGAAGCUGAGAAACCAGUUUCAAAAGACAAAGUAGUGAAAAAGGAAGAGGAAGAGGUUAUUGCUGAAGAUAUCACUGAAAAAGUCAAGAAAUCAGAAGAAAAAGAGGAAACUUCUCGGCCCAAAAUACCCGAUGGAAAGAUAAAGGAGGCUGAGAAACCAGUCUCAGUGGACACGGUAGUGAAAAAGGAAGAAGAGAAGGUUAUUACAGAAGAUAUCACUGAAGAAGUAAAGAAACCUGAAGAAAAAGAGGAAAUUAUUCCACAUGAAACACCUGAAGGAAAGAUAAAGGAAGCUGAGAAAUCAGUUUUGAAGGACACAGUAGUGAAAAAGGAGGAAGAGAGGGUUAUUAGAGAAGAUAUCACUGAAGAAGUGAAAAAAACAGAAGAAAAACAGAAAACAGUUCCAUCUGAAAUACCCGAAGAAAAGAAAAAGGAAGAUGCGAAACCUGUUUCGAAAGAUGCAGUAGUUAAAAAGGAAGAACAGAAAGUUAUUACAGAAGAGGUCACUGAAGAAGUGAAAAAACUGGAAGAACAAGAGGGAGCAGUACCACAUGAAAUGCCAGAAGAAAAGACAAAGGAAGCUGCAAAACCAGUUUCAAUGGACACAGUAUUGAAAAAGGAAGAAGAUAAGGUUAUGACAGAAGAUAUCACUGAAGAAGCAAAAAAACCUGAAGAAAAAGAGAAAACAGUUCCAUCUGAAACACUUGAAGAAAAGGAAAAGGAAGCUGCAAAAGCAGAUUCAAAGGACGCGGUGGUGAAAAGGGAAGAAGAGAAGGUCAUUACAGAAGAUAUAACUGAAGAAGUGAAGAAACCAGAAGAAAAAGAGGAAAUUAUUCCACAUGAAAUACCCGAAGGAAAGAUAAAAGAAGCUGAGAAACCAAUUUCAAAGGACACAGUAGUGAAGAAGGAAGAAGAGAAGAUUAUUACAGAAGAUAUCACUGAAGAAGUGGAAAAGCCAGAAGAAAAAGAGAAAACAGUUCCAUCUGAAAUACUUGAAGAAAAGGGAAAGGAAGCUAUGACACCAGAUUCAAAGGACACAGUAGUGAUAAAGGAAGAAGAGAAAGUUAUUACACAAGAUAUCACUGAAGAAGUAAAAAAACCAGAAGAAAAAGAGAAAUCAGCUCCACAAGAAAUACUUGAAGAAAAGGCAAAGAAAGCAGAGAAACCAGUUUCAAAGGACACAGUAGUGAAAAAGGAAGAAGAGAAAGUUGUUACAGAAGAUAUCACUGAAGAAGUGAAGAAACCAGAAGAAAAAGAGGAAACUAUUCCACAUGAAAUAUCUGAAGAAAAGGCAAAGGAAGCUGAGAAACCAGUUUCAAAAGACACUAUUGUGAAAACGGAAGAGGAGGAGGUUAUUGCUGACGAUAUCACUGAAAAAGUCAAAAAAUCAGAAGAAAAAGAGGAAACUGCUCGACACGAAAUACCCGAAGGAAAGAUAAAGGAAGAUGAGAAACCAGUUUUGAAGGACACGGUACUGAAAAAGGAAGAAGAGAAGGUUGUUACAGAAGAUAUCACUGAAGAAGUGAAAAAACCAGAAGAAAAAGAGAAAGCAGUUCCACAAGAAAUACUUGAAGAAAAGGCAAAGGAAGCUGAGAAACCAGUUUCAAAGGACACAGUAGUGAAAAAGGAAGAAGAGAAGGUUGUUACAGAAGAUAUCACUGCAGAAGUGAAAAAACCAGAAGAAAAAGAGAAAACAGUUCCAUCUGAAAUAUUUGAUGAAAAGGCAACAGAAGCUGAGAAACCAGUGUCAAAGGACACAGUAGUGAAAAAGGAAGAAGAGAAAGUUGUUACAGAAGACAUCACUGAAGAAGUGAAAAAACCAGAAGAAAAAGAGAAAACAGUUCCACAAGAAAUACUUGAAGAAAAGGCAAAGGAAGCUGAGAAACCAGUUUCUAAGGACACAGUAGUGAAAAAGGAAGAAGAGAAGGUUAUUACAGAAGAUAUCACUGAAGAAGUGAAAAAACCAGAAGAAAAAGAGAAAACAGUUCCACAAGAAAUACUUGAUGAAAAGGCAAAGGAAUCUGAGAAACCAGUGUCAAAGGGCACAGUAGUGAAAAAGGAAGGAGAGAAGGUUAUUACAGAAGAUAUCACUAAAGAAGUGAAAAAACCAGAAGAAAAAGAGAAAACAGUUCCAUCUGAAGUACCCGAAGAAACGACAAAGGAAGAUGGAAAGCCAGUUUCAAAAGACACAGUAGUGAAAAAGGAAGAAGAGAAAGUUAUUACAGAAGAUGUCUCUGAAGAAGUGAAAAAAGCAGAAGAACAAGAGGGAGUAGUACCACACAAAAAACCAGAAGAAAAGACAAAGGAAGCUGCAAAACCAGUUUCAAAGGACACAGUCUUGAAAAAGGAAGAAGAGAAGGUUAGUACAGAAGAUAUCACUGAAGAAGUGAAAAAAACAGAAGAAAAAGAGAAAACAGUUCCAUCUGAAAUACCUGAAGAAAAGACAAAGGAAGAUGUAAAACCAGUUUCAAAGGACACAAUAGUUAAAAAGGAAGAAGGGAAGAUUAUUACAGAAGAUGUUACUGAAGAAAUGAAGGAACCAGAAGAAAAAGAAGAAAUUGUUCCACACGAAAUACCUGAAGAAACGGCAAAGGAAGCUGAGAAACCAAUUUCAAAGGACACAGUACUGAUGAGGGAAAAGGAGGAGGUUAUUACAGAAGAUAUCACUGAAAAAAUGAAGAAACCAGAAGAAAAAGAGGAAACUGUUCCACAUGAAAUACCUAAAGAGAAGGCAAAGGAAGUGGAGAAACCAAUUUUGAAGGACACAACAGUGACAAAGGAAGAAGAGAAGAUUAUUACAGAUGAUAUCAGUGAAGAAGUGAAGAAACCAGAAGAUAAAGAGAAAGCUGUUCCACAUGAACUGCCCGAAGAAAAGGCAAAGGAAGCUGAGAAACCAGUUUCAAAGGACACAGUAUUGAAAAAGGAAGAAGAGAAGAUUAUUACAGAAGAUAUUACGGAAGUGAAAAAGCCAGAAGAAAAAGAGAAACCUGUUCCAUAUGAAAUAGUUGAAGAAAAAUCUAAGGAAGUGGUCAAAGCAGUUUUGAAGGACACAACAGAGAAAAUUAAAGAAGACAGAAGCAAAGAUUUGGAAAAAGAAAAACUCAUUUCAAAGGAUAUAGAUGAGCAAUAUAUUGUUUCACCUGAAAAGGCUGAAGAAGGAAAAAAACCUUCCCUGAGGGAUAUGCCCUCUUCCAAAGAGUUUGUCGAAGAAAGGAGAAAAGUAGAAGAGAAAAGUUCCACACCAGAAAUCACAGAAAAGAAGGAUGAUGUAAAAGAUGUGCCUCCUUCAGAGAAAAUGGUUGAAAAAGAGAGGUAUAUUUCAGAAGAUCUGCUUGAAGAAAAAAAGGAAGGUGAAGAGAAGGAAGAGGUUGUCCCAAAGGAUCUUAUUAAAGAAGGACAGAAAGUAGACACAAUUCAUAUAGAUCAUACAGAAAAAGAAAAGGAAAAAGAUGAGAGAGAGAAGAGAGUUACAGAGAAAAUUAUUGAAGAAAAGAAGAAAGAAGUAGGUGAAGAAAGUAUUAUUGUGAAGGACUCUGUGGAACAUGAGAAAAAAGGAGAACCAAUAGCUGUAGAGGAUAUUACCAGUGUAAUAGGGAAAGAGGAACCUAAGAAAGACAAAGCUGCUUCAAAGGAACUGCUUGAAGAAAAGAAAGAAGAGAAAGAAAAAGAGAGAGCCAUUACAGAUAUUAGUAAAGAACAGGAAGGCCAACAAGAGGCAGAGAAGAUUACUUCAAAACAAUUCAUUGAAAAAGUCGGAAUGGAGGGAACUACAGCAAAAAUUGCUCCAAAGUAUGUAGUUGAAGAAAAGGAAAAAGAUGAAGUUAUUUCAAAGGCUGUGACUGAAGAAAAAAUAGAUGACCUCGAAAAAAGAAGGAUUGUCACUACAUACGAAAAAAUUUCAGACAAGAUUGAAACUAUUUUUGACAUUAAAACUGAUUUGUCACUCCAGGAAACUUCACAACUUACAGCUACAACAGCAAAGGAAGUUAAGCCUGCAGAAGUGAUCAAAACUAACGGUGAACUUGAAAAGAGUGAAGAGAAAGUACCACAAGUGAAAAUGCCUGGAGAGACAGCUAUCAAGGGAGAGCCAGAAGAUGAGGUUGAUCAGGAGAUGGAACCUGGAAAAGAAACAAUUACAGCACCAAGUGCUUUAUCUGCCACGUAUCUUGAAAUUAUAGACAAGCUACAAAAAGAAGAACCUUCAGAAGUUGAUAAACAGGAAGAUGAAGAGUCACCAAAGAGAGAAGAGCUCAAAGUUAGUGAAGCUGACAAAUCUCUUCACAAAGAAGUAUCAAAAACGACAGAAGAAUUGGAAGAAAUAUCCGUUACGUCUAGUCAAAUGACAGAUAUUAAACAUUUGCCACAGGAAGGUGUAAAGCCAGAAAUUACAAAAGACUCACACAGAAAAGAAGAGGAGCAAAUGUCAGAAGGAAAACCAUCCCUACAAGAACAAGAACUCAUAAGCAAAAAAGACAAGGCAGAGAUAGGAGUAGAAAAGGAAGAUAAAACGGUGAAAGUAGAAGCUGACUCAUUAGAAACUGAGAAAACACCAGCAACUGUAGAAUGGUUAACUUGUGUAGUUAAGGACACAAAGCCAUCAUUGGGAGAAGAGCAGGAAGAGAUCUUUAAGAAAGUUGUUAGCACAAAAGAGAAGAAAGUUACUGAGACAGAAGAUCAAAUUGAUGAGAAGAAAGUGAAGGAGAAACAACAAGAGAUAGAAAAGACUGUCAAGGACACUGAUGUCAUGUCAGUCAUAACAGAAAGACAGAAGACAUUACCUGACAGUGAAACUAGCAAGGAAAUUCCUACAAGUAUUGACCAAAAGAAGCAGCCAACUGGAGAAAGAGAAAUAAUAGAAGAAUCAAUUGAAGUGGUGAAAAGUCAACCAAAAUAUGAGGCAGACAGACCAGCAGAAACGUUCAGUGAGGUGUAUCAGGAAGACAAGAAAGAUGAGCUUGCAAAAUCAGUGUCUUCAGAAAAGGAGAAGCAACUAACAGAUGAAGAGGAAAAGAAACUAAAGACAGAAAAGUUACUUUUAGAGACAGAGGGCAGCAUUAUUUCAAAAGAUUUAGCUGAAACUAUCACCACAACUGUAAUGAAAGAAUACAUCCUGAAAACUACACACAUAACAUCGGAUUCUGUUACAUCAGAUGUACCAGCCCCUGGAAAAAUGCCUGUACAACCAUCUGUGGAACCUGAAAUAACACCUUUGCAAGAAAACGUGGAGAUUAAAGAGACUGGACUACCACCAAAAGUGGAAGACACUGAUAAAAGAGCUGCAGAUGCACUAAUUUCUCAUGAACUCAAAGACACAGAAAAACUUUCUGCAGGUCAAGAAAUAGGAAAAGAUAAGCAGCUGGGAAUUUCUGAAGAAACUACUGUUUCAAAAGUGAAAGAAGUUUCAAAAGAAGUAAAAGAUGAUGGGAUUACAAGCAAAUUACCAACUUCAGCUGCUGACCAUAGAUCAGAUGAUGAAGAUGGUGAACCACCUCCAUCUCCAGGAGAAGAAUACAUUGAUUCAGGAAUGGAGGAAGAACCAGUCUAUACCAAACUUGAUGCACCAGAACUUCCAGAAUAUGUAACUGUUACUCCUGACUCCACACCUGCAUCACCAAAAGCAUUGCCCUUAAGGCCACAGGAUGACUCUGCAAAAACGCAUCUUCCUGGAUCUGAAGAGAAGGAAGGAAAAGAAAAACUUAAACCUGAACAUACUGAAACUGACAAGAAAGAGCCUGCCAAGGUAACAACUACAGCCCUUCCCCAGGAAAAAGAGGUGGAGUAUAGAAAGUAUGUGGAUGACACUGGUGACAAAACUGGUCAACCAGGAGAAGUUAUCACAGACAAAGAUGGUCAUAUUGUAACAAGAAGAACAAAAACUGAAUACAAAACAAUUGUGACCAGGGAAGGUAAGCCUGAUGAAAGGACAGUUUCAAGUCUAGUGGCUGGUUCAGUUAUUCCUAUCUCAUCGGGUGAGAUCACAACAUAUACAACUGGAGUUAAAGAUGACAAACUAUCAGAUGAAGAACAUCUGGAAGAAAUUGAUGAUGAUUCCAAAGAAUCAGUCUCAGAGGAAACAUUCACAGAUGAAGAUGGUAAAACUGUAACAAGGAAGAUAGUAAGGCGUUACAAGACAGUGGUUACCAGCAGAACUGAAUCAGCUGAAGAGAAAGGUAUAAUGAAAGAAAUUCAGCCCUCAUUUUCAUCUGAAGCAGGACCUGGUUCAUUUAUACCUGUUUCAUCAGGUGAGAUCACAACGUAUACAACUGUAGUUAAAGGUGACAGACUAUCAGAUGAAGAACAUCUGGAAGAAUUUGAUGAUGACUCAAAAGAAUCCGUCUCAGAGGAAACAUUCACAGAUGAAGAUGGUAAAAUUGUAACAAGAAAGGUAGUAAGGCGUUACAAGACAGUAGUAACAAGCAGAACUGAGUCAGCUGAUGAGAAGGGUGAAAUAAAAGAAUUUCAGCCCCCAUUUUCAUCUGAAGCAGGACCAAUGGUACUACCGUCAUCCUCAAAAACAACAACAACAACAACAAAAAUAAUUGAAGGUCAUGAAUAUCCACUAGACACUGACAAGCAAGAUGACAAAGCAGCUGUUUCAGAAGAAACAUUCACAGACAAGGAUGGCAAAACUGUGACAAGAAGAACUGUGCGACACUACAGAACUUACAUAACUCAGUCCACAGGAGAAAUCGAACCGACUCAUAUAAAGACAGAUGACAGAACUCCCCUUGAACCAGCUCAAGAUGUUGAUGAAAGUGAAACACGUGUUACAGUGUCCACAGACAAAGCAGGCACAGAAGAAAUCGUGGAGUUCGAUGACGACGAUGAAAAAGAAUCAGUAACCGAAGAAACAUUUACAGACGAAGAAGGUAGGACAGUAACAAGAAGAGUAAUAAGGAGGUAUAAGACAGUGAUAACGAAAGAAAGGGAAGUAGUGGAUGAGAAACCAACUACAAAACUGGUAACUACUACAGCAACAAAGAAGACUGAAACAAAAGAAGGUGACGACAUUGAUGAUGGUGUAGAAAUGGAAGAAUGCACAGAGCUCAGUGAUCAGGAUGAAAAAGAAUCUGUGUCUGAAGAAACAUUCACAGAUGAAAGUGGCAAAACUGUAACCAGAAAAAUUGUAAGACGGUACAAGACAGUUGUCACAAGGGGAAGUGAAUCUGUUGAUACAAAAGAUUCCAUUAAAUUACCACCUAAGGAAGCAAAGGGUAUUGCAGAUGAAAUAGAAACAGAACAGGCUGACUUAGAUGAUCAAGAUGAAAAAGAAUCUGUAACUGAGGAAACAUUCACUGAUGAAACUGGCAGAACUGUAACAAGGAAAAUUGUCAGACGUUAUAAGACAGUGGUGACAAAAGAAAGUUCCUCUGUAGGUGCAGAAGACUCUAGGCAAAUAAGAGCUACAGAUAUAACUGCUUCAGAAAAGUCUCCAGAUAUUCUCACCCAGAAAACAUACACUACUGUAAUUAAAUCAGAUGAUGAUAGAGAUGAUGGGGUAGAAACAGAUAAAUUAGAUGAAUUUGAUGAUCAGGAUGAAAAAGAAUCUGUGUCUGAAGAAACAUUCACAGAUGAAAGUGGCAAAACUGUGACCAGAAAAAUUGUAAGACGGUAUAAGACAGUUGUCACAAGGGGAAGUGAAUCUGUUGAUACAAAAGAUUCCAUGAAAUUAGCUCCUAAAGAAGCAAAGGAUAUUGUAGAUGAAAUAGAAACAGAACAGGAUGAAUUAGAUGAUCAAGAUGAAAAAGAAUCUGUGACUGAAGAAACGUUCACUGACGAAAAUGGCAGAAUUGUAACAAGGAAAAUUGUCAGACGGUACAAGACAGUGAUAACAAAAGAAAGUUCUUCUGUGCAUGCAGAAGACUCUAGCCAGAUAAGAGAUACAGACACAAUUGCUUCGGAAUUGUCUCCAACUGUUCUCACCCGGAAAACAUACACUACAGUAAUUAAGUCAGAUGAUGAUAGAGAUGAUGGUGUAGAAACAGAUAAAUUAGAGGAGUUUGAUGAUCAGGAUGAAAAUGAAUCUGUGAGUGAAGAAACCUUCACAGAUGAGGGUGGCAGAACAGUAAGAAGGAAAAUUAUAAGGCAUUACAAGACAGUCAUUAGACAAGAAGGUGAACCCACAGAUGCAAAAGAUUCUACGACAAUAAAAAUGGAAAAGAUAAGUGCCCCAGACCUAACCUUAACUGCAACUACCAGCGAAAGUUGCACGACAGAUAUAAAAGAAGGUGUUGGUGUAGAUGAUGGUAUUGAAAUAAGUGACCAAGAUGGCAAAGAAUCUGUGACUGAAGAAACUUUCACAGAUGAAAAUGGCAGAAUUGUAACAAGGAAGAUUGUAAGGCGAUACAAGACUGUGGUAAUGAAAGAAAGUGGGUCUUUGGAGGAUAAAGGCACUAGUGAAAUAGAGAAGAAAGAUGUAAGAGAUAUGGAACAGAUGUCAACUGCUUUUACUACAGAUACACAUACUACAGCACUAGGUGUCAUAGAAAGAGAUGAACUUACAGACUUUGAUGAUCAAGAUGAAAGGGAAUCUGUCUCUGAAGAGACAUUCACUGAUGAGGAUGGCAGAACAGUGACUAGAAAAAUUGUGAGGCGGUACAAGACAGUGGUCACAAAAGAGAGUGAGUUACCUGACGAAAAAGAUACCAGUCAAUUAACAAAAGUGCUGGGAACUGGUUCAGAACUGCCAACCACUACUAUCUUGAGGAAAAUUUACACUACAGUCACUAAAGAUGGUGAAGGUACUGAAGAUGGUUUAGAAACAGAGCAGCUUGAUGAGCUGGAUGACCAAGAUGGAAAAGAAUCUGUCGCUGAAGAGACAUUUACAGAUGAGCAUGGAAGAACUGUCACAAGAAAAAUUGUGAAAAGAUAUAAGACAGUAGUGACAACAGAAGGUGAAGAUGUUAUUGGAGACAUUAGUAGUGAUGGCAAGAAAGAGAGAGAUGAUGAUGACAGUAAAGAUUCAGUGACAGAAGAAACAUUUACAGAUGAAGAAGGAAGAACUGUAAGAAGGAAAAUUGUGAAGCAUUACAAAACAACAGUGUUAAAAGCUGAUGACAUCACGGAUAAAACAUUAUCUACAACAGAGUUACAAUUUGAUCCAGAUGCAAAAGAGAAAAGCAUUGCUUUGAGUUCAUUUACUACUGCUGAAGGCAAAAGUGACAUUCCCCUUGAUUUUACUGAAGGUGAGGAUGGAAAAGAUUCCAUUAUAGAAGAAACUUUCACAGGAGAAGACGGAAGUGUUGUAACCAGGAAGAUAACAAGACAAUACAAAACCAUUUUAAAACAGGAGGCUGGAUCUGAUGAUCAUCAUUUUAUAACAAAAAUUUCAACAGGGUCAGCUGACUCAAGUUUACCACUGACCACCACCACAAUGACAAAAACCUACACAACUGUAACAAAACAAGGUGAUGACUAUGGUGACGACUUCUCGGAAGAUUUAGGAAAAGCUCAUGAACCCAGUGGGGCAACGUCUAAAACCACCACUACAGUGACUACAAUUACUAAAAGAAUUUCUUCAAAGGAUGGAGAAGAAGAAAUAACUGAAGCCACUACAGAGGAAGUAACUUCUGAAGAUGGAAAAGAACAAAGUACUGUCACAGUUACCACAAAGAGAGAUGAACAUGGUGAUAUGGUAGUUCACACAUCAAUAACCCCCAGAGAUAAAGAAAUUGAUGGUUACAGUAUUGCAGGACCAGUUAGCUUCAUUGGCAGUGAUAAAGGGGAGCAUUUGGCACACUCCACUGUUAGUACUACUGUUACGACUUCUCAGAUGACCACAGAUGCCUGGAAGACUGGUAGAAAACAUGACUCACAGCAGUGUGACAGUGAUGAGGAAGAUGACCCUACAUCGCCACUAAGCAUUACAUCACAACUUGCACAUUCUCCACCAUCACAUUUUGGAUUUGAAACAUCUGCUAGUCCUACAGCAUCAAUAGAGCUUUACUCACCCAAAGUCAUUCCUUCACAAAAAGUAAGUUCCACACAGAUGACUAGUUCAUUUUAUGGUAGUUUGCCAUCUGGAGAAGAGCAGUUGACAUCUACAGAUGAGAAACUGGACUUCCAAAGGGCACUUCAUGAACACAGAGAAGCAAGAGGUGAAGAUCUCCAGUCAUCUUUCCACAGCCCACCUGUGCACAAAACUGUAACAAUGGGUUACAAAGAGGGAUUGCUACAUGGUGAACAGCUGUCAUCAGGAAUAAAUGGCCAAAAGCAUGAAGAUAUUGACAGCAAAGGAGCUACCACAAAAAUUAUUCCUUCCAGUAGUGGAGUGAGUGCCACAAGCCAAAAAAUACCUCCAGUAGUAACCAGUGCACACCUUCCUGCUGAGCAUGGUCAGUCAGCACAAAAAGAUACAAAGGGUGACAAACAAAAGGAUCCAAUUGGCAGUUGGGGGAAACCACUUGGACUCCCAGCACCUGCACCGCCACCUGCGAACACAAUCACAACUAAUGGCGAAGUCAACACAGCUACUAAGCCCGGGACCCCAAAAAAGGAAAAGAAAGCUAUGCAAAUGAAGAAGAACUUAGUAAUGAAUGAAAACAACAAAGCAGCAAAUGCACAAUCAGCAAAAGAAUCAAAAUCUAGGCGUUCAGAAUCACCAGUAAAACAGAAGAAUGUGUCAAAUAAAGAUGUUGGGAAAAACACAAAAGUUCCUGGAGGCCAUAUAUAUAUUGACCUAACCUAUGUCCCACAUCAUGGAAAUUCAUACUACACCAAUGUAGAAUUUUUCAAGAAAGUCAGAGCAAGGUACUAUGUAUUCAGUGGCACAGAACCAAGUCGAGAUGUCUACAAUGCUCUACUUGAAGCUAAACAAACAUGGGAAGAUAAGGAUUUAGAAGUAACUAUCAUUCCCACUUAUGAUACCGACACUCUUGGUUACUGGGUUGCCGAGAAUGAAGAUCUGCUUACAAAAUACAAGAUUGACCUCUCUCCGUCUGCAAGUCGCUGCACAAUAAAUCUGCAAGAUCAUGAAACAAGCUGUUCAGCAUAUCGGUUGGAGUUCUAAUUGUUGGUGACUGAUAAACAGUCACAGAAAUAAACUCACUGCCCAUAAAAGCCAUUACUGCUCUAUAGUAUGAACUGGCUUGGAUGAUGCCAUUUUUAGCAUUAGCUGAAGUAUUUCUUGUUACCAUCCUUGAUACUUUUUGUGGUCUAAGACAAAGGAAGUUAUGAUGUCCUUACAGAGAAAUUAAAAAUGUCUUUCAGGAAAUUUUCUUGUAUGAUGAAGUCUGUGCUGAUGUUGAGGACCCUUCAACAUAAAUGGUGAUGAUGAAGUGGAAAAAAAUGCAGCAGUUUUGUUGUACCAUUUAUUUUUAGGUUGUUCUUUCAGAAUGUCAGCAGUUCUAUUAAUACUGUCAGUUCAUAAGAUUCAAAUAGAUGUAUGGUCACAUAAACAUGACAUUUAUGAUAUAUGUCCAAAAAAUGUUAGCUGUUUUUCAGUUUCAUUGAUACACAGAAAUGUGGUGUGUGUUUACAUUUCAGUCCUGGGGUAAAAGACAGUUUUUACUGAAAGCAAAUUGUCAUAAAACUGUGGUACUUACAUCCAUAAAUAUAUGUAUAUAUAAUGAGCAAAAUCUUUUUCAAAGUAUUGAGUCUAAGAAACACCCAUCUCUCUUACACAUUCAAGAAAUUUAUUUUUCUAAGCUUCCUGAGAAGUGAAAUUGAAAGUGAAAAGAGAGAACAACUUUCCCAUUGGGUUCAAUGUAUAUUUGUUGAUAGUAGAAAUGAAACUGUCUCACGCAUUAAAUACAAUCACUACCAGUUGAGCAAACCAUUAAGUACUUUUCAGAAAACAAAACAAAAAAAAAAUCAUGUUUUUUGUGCCAUAGGCCUCAAGUGAUAACACAUGAAAAAUUAUACAAGAAAGGAUAAACAAAAACAAGAAAUAUUUUAUAAUAAAACAAGUCGAACAUAAGUAAAUUAUUUCCUAUGUCCAUAUAGUUAAAACAAUCCCAUUAUUAUAAGAUGCCACAUUCGUCUUAUGUUGCUUAUUAUAUUAUAAGCAUCAACAUGAUUUAAUUAUUGUUCCUAAAGUGGACAUUGUAUCAUCCAUUUUCACGUUUGGAGGGAUACCGUUAAACAGUGUUGAAAAACCAAAUAAGAUGACCUAGUUUUUGAUCUAUGUAACGUUUUACUAAUAAUGUUAAAAUCAUGAAAUUAAAAUUAAUUCCCUAAACAGUGUUACCUUAAUGUAAAGUUGUUAGAAAGUAACAGAAGCUUCAUUGAAUGUUUAAAGUGCAUCCUGAGAUCAUAUUUUGUGUGUCAUGAGAAAAAUGAGUCUGCAGUAACUAAUAAUUUAUCCAUAUCUUCAGAAAUGUUCCAUUUUUUGUUUAUGAAUAUUGUAAGCUGUAAAUUUAGAAACUGUGUGUUUACUCACAGUCAUGAUUGUGCAGUGGUUGUGUGUAUGUACUCAAUAAGUGCUCACCCUCAUACCUAAAGUGACAUGUACUUACAAACACAUUAAUUUAAGUCUUCCUCUCACCCUCCUGUUCAUUCCUGCCUGCAAUGCAGUUUUUAAGAAUAUAUGUUUUUGAAAGUUUUAAUCUAUAUUUAAGUCUUCCUACACAUAGCAAAUAUUUUAUAUUUAUACCUAGCAACAUAAGUCUUAUUUUUAAUGCUGUCAUCGUAUUUAUGUAGCGUUUUAUGCAUCCAUUGUGCACGAAAAUACACUUUAUGUAAAAGCUUGAAUGCUAGGCAGAAAAGUAUUUAUCAUUUAUGUUAUCUUUGAUUCAGAUGAUAUUUGAUGUGGUACAUAAUUUAAACAUUAGCUUAAUUUUUUUAUCUGCCCAGUUGGGACAGUAUAAGUAUAGAAGACAGACUGUUUUUUGAAACAAGAAAGAAAUCCAAAAGUGUUGGCAUGGGUAGAACUUCCUUCAGCUCAGAAAAAGAGAGCAGCUAGAUGUUGCGUUGUUAUAAGUUUGUUUUUGUGUAUGUGAAUUAUUAAAACAAGUGAACAAAACACCGAAAUAUGAAGGAAGAGUAUGGACUGUUGUAGAUAGUAUCUAUCAAAUUGAAAACUGUUGAGUGUAAAAUAUUUCAUAGGCAUGAAACAUGAUGAAAUAAUGUCUGAAGCACUACAAAAAUGGACAAUUUUGUGGAAAUAUAGAAGUUUAUCUGACUUACAGCAACAUACAUGUCACACACACAACUCUUGAAGCAUAGAUGAAUUUGUAGCAAAUGGAGGAAUCCGUUUUAUCCUCCUCUGAUUUUGUACUUACCUGAGAAUGUGUGAUUUUAUAACAGUAAAAAAUUAGGACAUUUAAUUUUUUGUACAAUAUUGUGUAUCUUUCCAGAAAUGUGUAUUAUACUUCAUUUCAUCUUGUGUGCUGGUCAAUAAUCUAGUUUUGUAGAAUUUUAAAUAGUUACUUCAUCUGUAUCUUUCAUUAUUAUAGAUUGCUCCCUGUUAUGAACUGUUUCUAUAUAAGGCCUAAUUUAUUAUUUUUGAAGAUAUUACUCUUGUUUUGUCCACAUGUUUUGUACUUUUGUUAAUGGAUGGUAAACUUGAAUAUGACAGUGUGAAUGAGGUGCUCGUUUAUUACUUUCUGACUGAAAAUAAUUUUCUGAAGUAGUUUAACAUACAAAAGUUUGUAUGUUUGUUAUGAGAUCUUUUCAAAAUGACUGUUGCCAUGGAACUAUAUAUGUAUAGUGUCUACAGUAUCUCAGCAACAAGAAACCGAGCUUGAAUAAAUGAAACACAGUUGUUAAUAGUUAAAUCGAACUGUUGCUAUCGUAAGAUGGAGAAGUUGUGGUAGAACUAUGAAUGGUGCUAGCAAAUGCCUUGUUAAAAAUACAAAUCAAACCUCCACAUUUUUUGUGUGACUUUACUGUUAAUAAUUACAGUUGGACCACUUAAUAGGUCACACAAAAAGAGUGUGUUGAGAGUAAAAGUGUAAGCAGAGAAGUGAAGUUUGUAUUGGAUUCAGUUGUGGCUGGCCUUGUGAUUGUAAAGAAUGUUUCCUUAUUUGACACAUCAUUUUAUGAUUAUUUAUUUAUUUAUUUUCCAUAUAAAAGUUAUUUGUGUUUCUAAUGUUGCACCUUUAAACUUUUAUGCUUUCAUCUUUAUUAUAUGAAAAUUGAAAUUAAAAAAAAAUGGCCCCUGUCUCAUCAAAACAACAUAUUUUGUCAUGUUUGCUUAAAGUGAAGCUUCUAGUCACAGAGUCUGCUCUAUGCUUGUUCUGAUACCAUUGCAGUGUAUGUAUGGGAAAUGUAUGAGAAAUAAAUCAAAACCAAAAAAUAAACUAAAAAGGGGAAAAUCGUGAAAAUGAA